AUGACGGCCAAUCGGGAUCCCAGCACUCUUUCGAACUAUAGCGCUUGGCGCACGCGCCAUACUACUGCCAACUUCAAGAUUGACUUUGAGGAGAAGGCGCUCAAGGGCUCUGUCGUUCUCCAGCUUGAAUCGCAGACUGAUAAGGAGAGCAAGGAAAUUAUCCUUGACUCUCGUUAUGUGGACAUUUCUACUAUCCGUAUCAACUCGAAGGAGUCCAAGUGGGAACUGAAGAGUUACAAUGCACCCCUCGGUGCCCCUCUUCAUAUCGCCGUGCCUGAUGGAGUUGCCAAGGGCGAACUGAUUGACCUUGCAAUUGACCUCCAGACAACGAGCAAAUGCACUGCUCUGCAAUGGCUCACUCCUGCUCAGACGUCUAACAAGAAGCACCCGUACAUGUUCUCUCAAUGUCAGGCCAUCAAUGCUCGUUCUAUCUUUCCUUGCCAGGACACUCCUGAUGUGAAGUCAACUUUCACCUUCAAGCUGACCUCAUCUCUUCCCGUUGUUGCUAGCGGUGUUCCUGUUGGAGACCACGAGGCAACUCCUGGUAAGGAGAAGCUCUAUGAGUUUGAGCAAAAGGUUCCCAUUCCCUCUUACCUGUUUGCUGUGGCUUCUGGUGAUAUUGCAACUGCUCCUAUCGGCCCUCGAAGCAUCGUCGCCACAGGUCCCAACGAGCUAGAAGAAUGCAAGUGGGAGCUUGAGCGUGACAUGGAGAAGUUUAUGGAGGUUGCUGAGAAGCUUGUCUUCCCCUACAAAUGGGGAGCUUACAACGUCCUGGUCUUGCCCCCAAGCUUCCCAUACGGAGGUAUGGAGAACCCCAUCUACACCUUCGCUACACCCACGAUCAUCAGUGGUGACCGUCAAAACGUGGAUGUCAUUGCCCACGAGCUGAGCCACAGCUGGAGUGGUAACUUGGUCUCCAAUGCUAGCUGGGAGCACUUCUGGUUGAACGAAGGUUGGACGAUGUACCUCGAGCGUCGUAUUCAAGCCGUUAUCCAUGGUGAUGCUGAGUUUGACUUUUCCGCCAUCAUCGGAUGGAAGGCUCUUGAGGACGCCGUGGAGCUCUUUGGCAAGGACCACGAAUACACCAAGCUUAUUAUUAAGCACGAAGGCGUGGACCCUGAAGACGUCUACAGCACUGUUGCUUAUGAGAAGGGCUUCCACUUCCUCUAUUACUUGGAGGGUGUUGUUGGUCGGGAGAACUUUGACAAGUUCAUUCCCUUCUACUUCACUAAGUGGUCUGGAAAGUCUCUUGAUUCAUUUGAGUUCAAGCAGACAUUCCUCGACUUUUUCAACGGCCUCGGCAACGAGGAACUCUCUAAGAAGGUCUCCGAGAUCGAUUGGGACGCCAAGUUCUACACACCUGGUCUCCCACCCAAGCCCGAAUUUGAUACAACAUUGGCUAACCAAUGCUACGACCUUGCAAACAAAUGGAAGGAUGCCAAAUUCGAGCCUAGCCCCAAGGACCUGGAGAACUUCACUGCGAACCAGAAGCUCGUCUUCCUGGCUGAAGUACAACAGUCCGGUGAGCUAACUGCCGACCGAGCUCAGCUUAUGGGCAAGACCUACGACUUCUUGUCGUCGAAGAAUGUCGAGAUUCUGUCGGCGUACUACCUGAUUGCCCUUAAGGCGAAGGAUUCUGCCAUUUAUCAGGAUGCCGCCACCCUGCUUGGACGAGUUGGUCGUAUGAAGUUUGUGCGACCUUUGUUCCGUGCCCUCAACAAGGUGGACCGACAAUUGGCAUUGGACACCUUUGAGAAGAACAAGGACUUUUAUCACCCCAUCUGUAAGGGUAUGGUCCAGAAGGAUCUUGGUCUUUAA